AUGACAGGGAGUAUUGAUGCAAGCGGGUCAAAUCCGCCGACAAAAGAACCAAACAUGUUGACGUUUCAAUGUCCAAUGUUGACGCCAAUAAACUACACCAUAUGGAGCAUGCGAAUGGAAGUAAUUCUUGGAAUUCAUGGAGUCUGGGAAGUGAUAGAUCCGGGCUUAGACGAUGCCAAGAAGAACAAUAUUGUUAAGGGCCUCCUAUUUCAAUCCAUACCGGAAGAUUUGAUUCUUCAAAUCGGGAAACUGAAAACCGGCAAGGAGAUGUGGGAGGCUAUUAACACAAGGAAUCUAGGGACUGAACGCGUGAAGGAAGCGAGACUUCAAACAUUAACUGCCGAGUUUGAUAGUUUGAAGAUGGAAGACAUCGGUACGAUACACGAUUAUGCAACGAAAUUGUCCGGUAUUGCUUCAAAAUCAACCACACUUGGAGAUGUCAUAUCUGAACACAAGUUAGUAAAGAAAUUUCUCACAAGUGUUCCCAGGCGAUUUGUCCACAUUGUGGCAUCACUUGAACAGGUUUUGGAUCUUAAAACGGUUGGGUUCAAAGAUGUGGUUGGUAGAUUGAAAGCUUACGAAGAAAGGAUCAAAGAAGAGAACAAAGGCAACGAGACUCAAGGAAAACUGCUUUAUUCAAGGGCCGAAUCUUCCAACAGAAACUAUGAUUCAAAUAGGGGUAGAGGUCGUGGUGCAAACUCUCGAGGUCGUGGUCGUGGCCGUGGUCGGGGUAACACCCAAAAUCAUGGUCAGCGUGAUUCCUCGAAAAAAAGUGAAGAUCAAAAACAAAAGGGCAAACGUGACCUCUCAAAUAUCAAGUGUUAUCGUUGCGACAAGUACGGACACUUCGUCUCAAGAUGCCCGGAACGAACCCGAGACCACGAGGAAAAUCUCAAUGAGACGAAAGAGGGAGAUGCGGAUCAUGAGGAAGGAACUUUUUUCAUGAUGAACCAUGUUCAAGAAACGAUAUUCUUGAAUGAAGAUAAGUUCAUCCCUCCAAAGAUCGAAACGAUAAUGAAGAAGAUGAUGUAUGGUAUUUGGACAACGGUGCGAGUAAUCAUAUGA